AGGAGAAAAGGAGGACAGAUCCGAGGCAGAAAGCAGGAGGCGCUCCUUGCAGUCAGGAGGAUGCUGCGCUGACACGCGGACCGUCGGCUCUCUCUCUCAUCAGGACCGCGACGUUACCGGCUCCAGAUCAGCCAGCUGACAGACCCGAUCCCGCCAGUCCACUGCGCUCCCCCUCUCCUCUGGACCGGCUCCCGUCGCCAUGCCGCCGGCCGCCCGCUCGGUCGGCUCCCUGCUCCGCCUCAGCCUCCCCGCGGUGCUGUGCAUCGGGCUGCUGUGGAGCGGCGUCUCAGCGGGAGAUAAAGAAGCCCCCACAGCUGCCCCCUCUGCCCAGUCUCCAGUGGUGACGCCAGGGAGCACAAAGGAAAGCAGCCCCAAAGGCAGAACCUCCAGCGGCUUGGCUGGAGGUUUGCUACAGUCAGUGCUGACUCAAAAAGGACGACUUGUCUCCCAGAAAGGGGACACCCUCCCGUCCGCUCUGCCCCAGAACCUGCUCCCUCUUCUGGGCAGAGGACUCAGCGUCAGCUCCGUCCCUGGAAGCCAUUCCCUGGAGCAUCAAAGUGGGGGAUUACUGAGGAGGGUAAAACCCCCAUCAUCAGCUGCAGCAUCAGGCCCAGGCAGCCAUCCAACUGAGCCUGCAGACACACACUCCCAGCUGCCUCGCACACAAACACACACAACCGAGCAGGAGGCCGAGGUCACCACCGUGAGCACGAUGCUGGACGUGGACUCAGAGACAGAAACACCUGCACCAGUCCCGUCGAGCUGCAUGGUGAACUUCUCAGACCCAGAGGGGUACAUAGACUCGACUGACGACCCCCCACUGCCUGAUGGAGCCUCCUCCUUACACUGCACCUACACUGUGACCGUGUACACUGGCUAUGGGGUGGAGCUGCAGGUGAAGAGCGUGAACCUUUCAGAAGGUGAGCAGCUGUCCAUCAGGGGAACAAACGAACAAGGCGAACUGCUCGUUCUGGCCAAUCACACGCUGCUGGUUGAAGGUCAGGUGAUCCGCAGUCCCACCAACACUCUGUCUGUCUACUAUCGCUCGACGCCGGAGGGAAGUGUGGGCAUCUUCCAGCUGCACUAUCAGAUCUUCAGGUUGAGCUGUUCACUCCCGAAGAGGCCUCACUUCGGGGAGGUGUCCGUGCUGGACCUGCUGCCUGGAGGCACCGCCCGCUUUCACUGUCACAUGGGAUACCACCUGCAGGGGGAGUCGCAGCUCACCUGCGUCAACGCCUCCCUGCCAGUGUGGAGCGGCAAGGUGCCCACCUGCAGGGCUCUCUGUGGAGGCACAGUGAAGAACGCCACAGUGGGCAGGGUGCUGUCCCCCUCUCCCCACCACGGGCCUAAUGACUCCCUGGACCGCUCCUGUUCCUGGUCUCUGGAGGCACCCAAGGACCAGCGGCUGCACCUCCACCUGGAGAGACUGGCCUUGGGACCCACUGACAGGCUGGUGUUGUGGAGCGGGUUGGAUGCUGGUUCUGUGGUGCUGUUCGACUCGGGCCGGGGUGGGCAGAUCCCUUUCGAGGGAGUGAUCAGCGAAGGUCCAGCUGUGAGGAUCCAGUUUAUCACCGAUCAGCCCAACCACAACACGGGGUUCAACAUCCGAUACGAAGCCUUCGAGCGUGGCCACUGCUACGAGCCCUACCUCCAGAACGGAAACUUCACCACCUCCGAUCCCCUGUACGGGGUUGGAGCUGUGGUCCAGUUCACCUGUGACCCGGGCCACGCUCUGGAACAAGGCCCCCCAGUCAUCGAGUGCAUCAGCGCAAGGGACCCAUACUGGAAUGACACAGAGCCAAUUUGCAAAGCUCAGUGUGGAGGAGACCUGACUGGUCCGGGAGGUGUGAUCCUGUCUCCAAACUGGCCGGAGUGGUACGGCGAGGGAGAGGACUGCAGCUGGAGGAUCCACGUUGGCGAGGACAAACGGGUGCUGCUCGACGUUCAGCUACUGAACAUCAGUAACAGCGACAUGCUGACCAUCACUGACGGCGACGAGGUCACCACUCAUAUCCUGGGGCGCUACGUCGGGGGAAGCGGCCCCUUCAAGCUCUUCUCCACCACCCCCGACCUGACUGUCACCUUCCAGUCCGACCCGGCGGGGCUCGUCUUCGGGAAGGGCGAGGGCUUCAUCAUCAACUACAUGGAGGUGUCCCGAAAUGACUCCUGUCCAGACCUGCCUGAGAUCCAAAAUGGCUGGAAGACAACGUCUCACAUUGCGCUGGUGCGAGGGGCUCGGAUCACCUACCAGUGUGACCCUGGCUACGACCUGGUGGGACGAGAGACCCUCACCUGUCAGUUAGACCUGUCCUGGAACUCUCAACCUCCGUUUUGUGAAAAGAUCAUGUACUGCUCAGAUCCUGGCCAUGUGGAGCACGCCACCAGGUCUCUGUCCGACUCUAAACUCUUGGUGGGGACAACCAUUCAAUACAGCUGCAACCCUGGCUUCAUCCUGCAGGGCGGCGCCACCAUUACCUGCUACGGCCGCGAGCCAGGGACCCCCGUGUGGACAUCUCGACUCCCUCACUGUGUUUCUGAGGAUUCUGUUUCCUGUGAAAACCCUGGUCUCCCUGACAACGGCUACCAGAUCCUGUCCAAGAGGCUUUACCUGCCCGGUGAAUCGCUCACCUUUGUCUGUUACCAAGGUUACGAGCUCAUUGGAGAGGUUGCAAUUAAAUGCAUCCUAGGAAACCCUUCAUUUUGGAGCGGCCCGCUCCCACUCUGCAGGGCCAACCAUGAGUGCUUUGGCAACCAUGCUUUGGAAGUUGCAGAGGCGACUGCAGGCUCCGCUCUGGAUGGAGGGAACGUAGCACUGGCCAUCUUCAUCCUCGUUCUUCUGCUGUCUGUGCUGCUUGGAGGGGCUUACGUCUACGUCACACGGUGCCGAUAUCACUCCAACUUAAGGCUUCCUCUAAUCUACCCCCACCCUUACCGACAGAUCACUGUGGAGACAGAGUUUGACAACCCGCUCUAUGAGACAGGAGGGGACACUCGUGAAUAUGAAGUAUCGAUAUGAGAAGGCUCGUUAAAGACAUUUCUGAACCGACUGACCUGUCCUAACUCUUCAUCCUCUCCUCCCUCCUUCUCCGCCCAGGAGGAGGCGAUGUAAAUACAAAUAGAAGAUGUCCAGCCCCUUCUGCCGUGAGACGCAGUGAUUGAUCCUGUUCUCUCCUCCUUUGGCGUGACAGCUUCUGAAGACAUGAUGGGAAGCAGGAGAGGAGACAAGAAGCAGGAGAGGUGGUAGGCGAGUCAGUAAUGAACCUGUUGGAUCAGAGUCACUGGGAGAUGACGGGAGGAGGAGGAUGGAGACCCAAAGAUCAUCUCAGAACAUCGUGGAGAAAGAGAUGUCAGGUGUAAAAAAGACGUUAAGGUGGGAGAAGAGGAAGGAGUGGGGGGGCAGGAAACAGAAUGAGGAAUGUGGACUGAGGAGAUUGAAGCACUUUUUAUGAUUUAUUUAUUUUAUUUUUUUUCACAAAAUGUGAAAUAGUCCCAGGAUAUGUCUCAGAAGGAGGGAGAGUUAAAGUUAUGAUCCUUAAGAUUUUCAUGAAACCAAACCCCAUUUUUGAUACUCUUUACGGUCGGCGGACUUUUUUUGUCCAUAAUACCCCUUCAGAGUAUUUACAUGCAGUAAUCGUGUUCUGUAUAGUAAUUACUGCCAUUCCUGCUCCAACUUCAAUUUGCCUUCACACUCAUGAGGGAUUCACAGGAAAUGAAUCAUGCAUGUAAUACAGGUUAGCUUUUUUUGAAUGUGACAUCAGCCUCGCCGUUUACUGUUCACACAAAACUGGAUUAACAUAAUGCUAAUGCUAAUACUGCUGCUGCUUCACAUGAAAAGGUUUAAACUUGUGAAACACGGUGGCUUUUAUUGUGAAGCAGUCACAGGAAGUGUGUCUUAUCUGUCAUAGAGGUUACUGUGGAACGUGACGCAGCUUCAAAAUGUGACAACAGUCAUUUUAUACGUAACUUUUACUCAGCUGAUGCUUUCAUCCAAAGUGACUUACAGUUCAACUAAACAACUGAGAAUCACAUCAAAAGUACCUCAAACUUCAUUGAAUACACCCAACUGCUUAAAGGACAACAUUUAGAAUAAGGGAAUUAGAGAUCAAAAACAAGUUUAUUUAUUUAUUUUAUUUAUGGGCUGAAGUGCAGUCUGAGCAGGUGAGUUUUCAGUCUGAAGGUGUGUUUCUGCUGUCCUGAUGUCAAUGAGAAACUUAUUCCACCAUCAUCCACAGAUUACAACUUUAAGAGUCUUGGGGAUCCGUUGGCAGGAAGAUUGUUUGAUUUGUACUUCUUGUUUACAUCCACAUUCCUGAGUCACUAUCUGUUGCCACAAAAAUGAUGAUAACGGGAAGGAAAUAUUUUUCUUCUUUCUUUCUGCGUAGCCCGGAUGUCUCCUGUCCCCGAACUCCCUCCUGCCUGCAAGACUUUUGACUCCAGCCGGUCCACUCCUGGCUUUAGCUGUAGUCAAGUGUUUUUUAACUCUAUGCCUUUAGGGCCAGUGCAGUACUGAUGUCUUAUUUCUCACAUGUAGUUAGAUUGAUGACCGUCAUAGGCUGGCCUCAGAGUCCCCAGGUCUGGACUGGCUGAUGACUAAAAGGAAAAACAAGCACUGUUGCAGAUGUGGAGGUUGCGAUGUGAAUAGCGUAGCUGUAGUUAACUGAUCGAUCUUUGAGCUCGAGCUCAAUCAACCCACCAGAUGAUGUAUUUAUUUUGAUGUACUGUAUAUGUGAUGUUUUAUGCAGAAUGAUAAAUGUACAUUUUCAUUGAGACAGAUGUUAACAGUUUCCCUAAAUAAAUGGUAAAACUUGAAUAAAAAGUACAAAAGACUUUCUAAAUCUCAAGGCAUCCUGUUGAAUUCUUUUGUGUGGAGAAAUUAUCACCUGUAUGCCAUCUCUCUUUAAAAUCCAUCAGCG